UGCUGUAAGCAGCAGAAAAGACGUGUCGCCUUGAAGCCUCCACUCCACCCCACCCCCCCUCCAUGUCGUACACAUCUCUAUUCCCCAAUCCUCCCACGCCUGCAACAAACCCUCCUCCGCCCACGCACCCCAGCAUAGAUGCUAAUGGAGUUCAUUGAUCUUGGUGGGGAUAAGAUGCUAUCAGGCUUCGCCGAUCCUCCACUGACGUGAAUCGCAGAUGCAAGCUGUAAUGGAUCCGGGAGAUGCUCGUGGCAUCGACAUUCUGACAUCAAUCGCCGCCGAUCUGCAUUUGGAACCAAGAUCCAGAUCCGUAGUUGUCGAUGGUACCUCAUCCGAUCCGAUCUGCGGUGAAGGGCAAGCAGCCGAUGAACCUAAAUUUGUCCAAGUCGAAUCGAAUCUUGUGCAAACCAGACUCCUGAAGGUUGGAAAUGCAGGAAGCUAUCCCGGGAUGGGCUUAAGGCAAGGGCAACAACAAGCAAGACGAGCUCUAUUCAAACAUGUCUGUAGAACUCUGAAGGCAAGCACGCCCCCUGACACUUUGCUCCUGUGUACAUUGGAGAAGGUCUCACUGAAGAAACAUCUCUAUACACUACAUGAGAUCUUGCCAUAAGUUUUCACACUGAAAGGGAAAUGCUUUUGUUAUCUCUAUCUUGGUAAUGUGUAUACUAGGACUUAGAAGUGUGUAGAAGCAGGGGAAUAACAGGUUCUUGUGCCGGAUUGGCAGUUUGUACAGGAAACAAAACUACACAAGCUCUUGCCUCGACCAGUAUAAGGAACGGGCAGGGGCAGGGGCAGGUCAGUCACGUGGAGGAGUUUUCGGAGCAGGUUCAAGGGGAAUUACUAGCCUCUUACUUUUGCCUGUGAUAGUGCAUGUAAAACCUGGGAAUACCAACUUAUCAUGUAAUGUACUUGCUACAUUUCAGUGUGUCACAAUCUUUUAGUUUCCCGAA